CUGUGUCAGUCGAGGGGUCUGAGGAAUACCAGCGGAAGCACCUUGCAGCCCAUGGGCUGACAAUGCUGUUUGAGCACAUGGCCACAAACUACAAGCUUGAAUUCACAGCAUUAGUGGUUUUCUCAUCACUUUGGGAGCUGAUGGUCCCCUUCACAAGAGAUUAUAACACCCUGCAGGAAGCACUGAGUAACAUGGACCAUUACGACAAGACAUGCCUAGAGUCCGCACUGGUUGGUGUCUGUAACAUUGUUCAGCAAGAAUGGGGCGGUGCGAUUCCUUGCCAGGUCGUUCUGGUGACGGACGGCUGUCUCGGCAUUGGUAGAGGGUCCCUGCGACAUUCCCUAGCGACACACAAUCAAAGGAGCGACAGCAACAGGUUCCCGCUGCCUUUCCCUUUCCCGUCUAAUUUAUACAUCAUGUGCAUGGCAAACCUGGAAGAGCUUCAGAGCACCGAUUCCCUGGAAUGCCUUGAACAUCUCAUAGACUUCAACAAUGGUGAAGGACAAAUUUUUACUAGUGAUGGCCCCCUGUGCUUGAAAAACGUGCAGUCUAUGUUUGGAAAGCUGAUAGACCUGGCAUAUAUGCCUUUCCAUGCUGUGCUCAAGUGUGGCCACCUGACCGCUGACGUCCAGGUCUUCCCCAGGCCAGAGCCAUUCAUUGUAGAUGAAGAAAUCGAUCCUAUCCCAAAAGUCAUUAACACAGUGUGCCAAUGAGUCAGCCCUGAACCUGAAUGUGCCAUGCAAUAUAUGGAGCCCGGAGGCAGGCCUGCUGGACCUGCUGGUGAUGAACCUGGUCCCUGCCUACCAGAAAGGCGAUCUCU